AUGACUAUGAUGGAUUAUAUCGAUUUAUUAUUCAGUUCUAGUGAACAAUAUUUUAAGUCAUUUGUGUAUCCUUUAUUGGAUGAAACUCGAGCACAACUAUGUUCUUCCAUGGAAAUUUUGUCAACUUCACCUUAUGCAGAAGUGAUUUCACUUGAGGAGUCAAGAUCACAUUCAUAUGGUAGGAAUCACUACGUCGUUAAAACUGAUACUUGGAAAAACAGGUCCUCUGGUCAUGGAAAAGAGUUAUACAAAACAUUGUUUGGCGAUGUUUUUAUUUUGGCAGAUUUUAAACCUGAAACGGUUAAUGAUUUGCAAAGGUCAGGAAGAACGUGGAGUUUUGUGUUGUCGGCUGGUUUUCUAGAUGAGGAGAUCCAAGGCGAAGAUGAUGAUACUAAACUUAUGCCUACUUUUAAAGUGAUUGCUUCUGAAGACAUUGACAUUGAUGAAAUGGGGCAAAAAUCUUUGUUUAUUAUAUUCUUGACGAAUAUAACACCUAAUAGAAGAAUAUGGAACGUGCUGCAUAUGGGUGGAGAGUCAAAGCUGAUUAAGAAAAUUUUAUGUCCCAGUGUUGUGGUUGAAGAAAGCUGUGAUUAUUGUUCUCCGAGGACCGAUGCUCUUAGGGAUGAUGAAAUGUAUCAAAGGCUGUCAUCUGAGCUGAAUGAGUCACAAAACAAGGCAAUUUGUGCUUGCCUUUCUUCCUUUCAUUGCAAUCAUAAGUCUACCGUGGAUCUUAUUUGGGGUCCACCAGGAACCGGUAAAACAAAAACUUUGGGCACACUGCUUUUUGCUCUAUUGAAAAUGAACUGUAGGACUCUUGUUUGUGCUCCUACAAACAUUGCCAUUAAGGAAGUGGCAUCACGUGUCUUGAGCAUGGUGAGAGAAUCAUUUGAUAGAAAUUCUGAUGCUUUAUUUUGUAAUUUAGGAGAUAUGUUGUUAUUUGGAAAUCAUGAGCAGUUGAAAGUUGGGGCAGAAAUUGAAGAGAUAUAUUUGGACUAUCGUGUUAAGCAACUCUUACUGUGUUUUUCCCCAUAUAAUGGUUGGAAAUAUUACUUUGUUUCAAUGAUUGCUCUUCUUGAAAACUGUGUUUCCCUCUAUCAGAUAUUCAUUGAGAAUGAGAUGAGAAAGGAAAAAGAUCAAACUGAUAAUAAUAACUCUAAGGCAAAAGAUGACGGCCCUUCAAAUUCUGGUGAGGGGAUGCGCAAAUCUUUUGUUGAAUUUGUCAGAGAAAGUUUUCUGGCUAUAGUAUUGCCACUCAGAGACUGUAUUUCCAUCUUAUGUACUCAUAUAGCCAGAAGUUGUAUUAUGGAACAUAACUUGAAAGAUUUGACCCACCUUAUUUACUCUCUCGGUUCAUUUCAAGCUUUGCUGUUUAAAAAUAAUAUUGUCUCUGUAAAACUGGAAGAACAUUUCUCUCCUCCUGAAAGUCAACACAGUUCUUUUGGGUCAGCUGUUGUAAGUGCUGCUGAAUACUCAUUGCACCAGAGCAGAACCGAAUGCCUUUCUCUAUUGAGAACCCUUAAAGUUUCACUUGGUGACCUUAACCUGCCAGAUGUUGUGGAUGAAGAGUCAACCAGAGAGUUCUGUUUACAAUCGUCUUCAUUAAUUUUUUCCACUGCUUCUAGUUCCUUUAAGCUGCAUUCUGUUGCCAUGAAGCCACUAGACAUUUUAGUGAUUGAUGAAGCUGCACAGCUGAAAGAAUGUGAAUCUAUCAUACCUCUACUACUUCCGAACAUACGCCAUGCCGUUCUUGUUGGAGAUGAACGCCAGCUACCAGCAAUGGUUGAAAGUAUUGUUUCUUACGAAGUUGGUUUUGGAAGAAGCUUAUUUGCAAGACUGAGCAAAUUGGGUCAUCCAAAUCACUUCCUUAAUAUACAAUACAGGAUGCAUCCAGCAAUAAGUUCAUUUCCAAAUUCAUGCUUCUAUUUGAACCAAAUUCUUGAUGCUCCAAAUGUUAUAUCAAAGAACUACAGGAAGCAAUAUCUCCCAGGCCAAAUGUUUGGUCCAUAUUCAUUUAUAAAUAUAAUUGGUGGCACCGAAGAGUUUGAUGAUGCUGGACGAAGCCAGAAAAAUAUAGUUGAAAUGGUGGUUGUGAUGCAAAUAAUUAAAAAUUGUUUUAGAGCAUGGCGUGACUCAAACGAGAACCUCAGUAUAGGUGUAGUGUCUCCAUAUGCUGCCCAAGUUUUUGCAAUUCAAGAUAUGCUUGGGAGAAGGUAUGAUAGUCACGAAGGAUUCAGUGUGAAGGUGAAAACAAUAGAUGGUUUUCAGGGUGGUGAGCAGGACAUAAUUAUCUUAUCAACAGUCAGAACUGAUUGCAGUACUUCACUUGGGUUCAUUUCCAAUAACCAGAGGACUAAUGUUGCUCUAACCAGAGCUAGGCAUUGUCUAUGGAUAUUGGGAAAUGAAAGGACCCUAGUAAGUCAGGAAAAUGCAUGGAGAUAUUUGGUGCUUGAUGCUAAAAAACGCCAAUGUUUCUUUAAUGCUGAUGAAGACAAGGAUUUAGCGAGAGGUAUUUGGGAUGCCAAGAAAGAGUUGGAUCAACUUGAUGAUUUGCUUAACGCAGACAGUAGCAUUUUUAGAAACUCCAGGUGGAAGGUUCUUUUCAGUGAUAACUUUCUUAAGUCAUUUAAAAACCUUCCAUCAAAGCGGACAAAGAAGUCAGUCAUCGGCCUCUUACUCAAACUCUCCAGUGGGUGGAGACCAAAAAGGAUAAAAGUGGACUUGCUCUGUGGAACUUCAUCUCAGAUGUUAAAGCAAUACAAAGUUGAAGGUCUCUUUGUUGUUUGUUCAAAGGACAUAGUAAAAGAAUCAAAUUUCACUCAAGUUUUAAGGAUAUGGGAUAUACUACCUCCAGAGGAUAUUCCCAUAGUAGUGAAGCUUCUUGAUAGUAUUUUUGGAAGCUAUACUGAUGACUUUACGGAGGUUCCAAUGUGUUGGGAAAAAUCUACAGAAAUCAUCAAAAUUAAGAAUCUUGAUUAUAAUGGAAAUGAAGCAGAAUCAAGCAGUUGCGAUCAAAGAAUUUAUGUUGAGAAUUCAAGGGUUGAGGAAAGUUUUUUAUUGAUGAAAUUCUAUUCUUUAUCGUCUGUUGUGGUUAGCCACUUGCUUUCUGAUCGUAACAGUAAUGAGCUGGAACUUCCAUUUGAAGUAUCAGAUGAAGAAUGUGACAUAAUACUCUUUUCUAAAAGUACAUUUGUAUUGGGUCGCUCUGGUACCGGGAAAACCACUGUUUUGACCAUGAAGUUAUUUAAAAAGGAAGAAUUGCACCAUGUCGUUCUUGAACACGUAUAUGGAAUUAAGAGUGUUGAAGUUCCUUGUUUGAAUGAGGAUAAAGAGUAUAAAGACAAUUCUACUGUGAAUGACAGGCCUGUCCUACACCAAUUAUUCGUAACAGUGAGUCCUAAACUGUGUCAAGCAGUGAAACAACAGGUUGUAAGAAUGAAAAGAUUCAUAGGGGGUGGGGAUAUUUCUGCUGAAAUUUGUCCUAAUGAAGAUGUAGUUGAUGUUGAUACAUCAAUACAAUUUAAGAAUAUACCAGAUUCUUUUGUUAAUCUUUCCGCCAACUUAUAUCCACUUGUGAUAACAUUCCAUAAGUUUCUAAUGAUGCUUGAUGGAACUGUGGGGAAUUCCUUUUUUGAAAGGUUUAGUGAUCAAUCUUCUUUAAGUGAGAACCUUGGUGUAAGAUCUGUUGCUUUGGAGACUUUUAUAAGGAAGAAGGAAGUGACUUAUGAAAGGUUUGAUUCAUUAUAUUGGCCACAUUUCAAUUCCCAUUAUACCAAGAUGCUAGAUUCAUCGAGAGUGUUCACUGAAAUCGUGUCUCAUAUAAAAGGGGGUAUGCAAUCUCUGGAUCGUGGUGAAGGGAAGUUAAGCCGUCAGGAUUAUGUUUCCUUGUCUGAAAAUCGAUCGUCUUCUUUAAGCAAGGAGAAAAGGGAGAUCAUAUAUGAUAUUUAUCAAAUUUAUGAAAAAAUGAAGAGGAACAAAGGGGAUUUUGAUUUGGCUGAUAUUGUUGUUGACCUUCAUCGUCGACUCAGAAUUAACAAAUAUGAGGGUGAUGAAAUGCACUUUGUAUAUAUUGAUGAAGUUCAAGAUAUAACCAUGAGUCAAAUUGCUUUAUUUAAAUAUGUGAGUCGAAAUGUAGAAGAGGGUUUCGUAUUUUGUGGGGAUACUGCACAGACCAUUGCAAGGGGAAUUGAUUUUAGGUUCCAGGAUAUCAAAUCUCUCUUUUACAAGAAAUUUGUGCAAGAAUCAAAGAGAAGUUCCGUUAACCACGGAAAAGAUAAAGUGAAAGUUUCAGAAACCUUUUUGUUGAAUCAAAACUUUCGAACUCAUGCUGGAGUUUUGAAAUUAUCCCAGAGCACCAUUGAGCUUCUUUAUCGUUUUUUCCCUCAUUCCAUUGAUGUUUUGAAGCCUGAGACCAGUUGGAUAUACGGGGAAGCUCCAGUUGUUCUUGAAUGUGGAAGCAGAAAAAAUGCCAUUGUAACUAUUUUUGGCAACCCUGGACAUGACAGUGGGAAAAUUGUUGGCUUUGGAGCAGAGCAAGUGAUUUUGGUCCGUGAUGAUUACGCUCGGAAGGAAAUUUUAGACUAUGUUGGAAAAAAAGCUCUUGUUUUAACUGUUUUGGAGUGCAAAGGGCUUGAGUUUCAGGAUGUACUGCUGUACAACUUUUUUGGCACUUCACCAUUGGAAAAUCAAUGGAGGGUGAUUUAUGAGUAUAUGAAUGAACAAGAUAUGCUGGAACCUACAGAAUCCAAGUCUUUUCCCAGUUUCAAUGAUUCCAAACACAACCUUUUGUGUUCUGAGCUUAAACAACUAUAUGUGGCUAUAACUCGUACAAGACAGAGAUUGUGGAUUUGCGAGAAUACAGAGGAGUAUUGUAGACCCAUGUUUGAUUAUUGGAAAAUGAAGCAUCUUGUACAAUUCAAAGAACUGGAUGAUUCCCUUUCUCAGGCAAUGAAAGUUGCUAGUAGUUCAGAAGAUUGGAAGUCUCGUGGCAAAAAGUUAUAUUAUCAAAAUAACUAUGAGAUGGCAACAAUGUGUUUUCAAAGAGCUGGGGACUCUUAUUGGGAAAAAAGGUCUAAGGCUGCUGGUCUUAGGGCAACUGCAAACCGUUUACAUGACUUGAAUCCUGAGAAUGCAAAUGCAUUCCUCAGGGAAGCUGGUGAAAUUUUUGAAAGCAUAGGAAUGGCGGAGUCUGCUGCCCAGUGUUUUUCUGAUUUGGGAGAUUAUAAAAGAGCAGGGAAGAUUUACUUGGAAAAAUGUGAGCCUGAUUUGAAAAGGGCAGGGGAUUGCUUUUAUUUAGCUGGUUGUCACAAAAUGGCAGCUCAAGUGUAUGCUAGAGGAAGUUUCUUCUUAGAUUGUUUGAAUGUUUGUGCAAAAGGUGGAUUGUUUGACAUUGGCUUACAUUACAUUCAGCGCCGGAAACAAAAUGAAAGUGUGGAUCCUGGUUGGGCUAAUAGUCAUGAUCUGUACGCAAUUGAACAGAAAUUUCUGCAAAAAUGUGCCCGAAAAUAUUUUGGCAACAAAGAUAUCAAAUCUAUGAUGAAAUUUGUUAGAGCUUUUCAUUCGAUGGAUUUGAGGCGUGAGUUCUUACAAUCAUUAAGCUUACUUGAUGAGCUUCUUGAAUUAGAAGAGGAAUCAGGCAACUUUAUGGAGGCUGUAAACAUUGCUAAGAUGAUGGGUGAUAUUCUUCGUGAGGCUGAUCUGCUAGGAAAAGUUGGUGAACUCUUGGAAGCAUAUGAACUUGUGCUUUUCUAUGUACUCGCAAAUUCUCUUUGGUAUAAGGGAAGCUUAGCAUGGCCCAUGAAGCAGUUUACACAGAAGGCCGAGCUUUUGGGAAGAGCGUUGGCAUUUGCAAAGGAAGUGUCAAACAGCUUUUAUGAGCUUGCAUCCACAGAAGCUGAAAUACUAUCAAAUGAGCAUGAUAACAUUUUUGAAAUAAUGAAUCAGUUGAAAUCUUCUCGCAUCCAUGGGAGUAUCCGAGGGGAAAUAUUAUGUUUGAGGAAACUGCUGGAUUCUCAUUUUCGUAUGAACACCUCUAAGUAUGUAUGGCAAGACAAUAUGUUAGAUGUUUCUGUUGAAGGCAUGAUUUUGAAAAAUCAUUUUUCCGUGGAGACAUUGUUUUAUUGUUGGACAUGUUGGAAGGAUAACAUUGUUCAUAUGCUAGAAUCCCUUUCAAAUUUCAAACCUCAAGAGCCUCAUCAGCAUUGCAGUUAUGUAAAGUUUGCAUUCAAUUAUUUGGGUGUUCAGAAGCAGAUUUAUAAUCUCAAAGACGUUUACCUUUUGCUCAUCCCUGAUGCAAACUGGGUGAAAAAAUUGGGAGAUAGGUUGCUAAAGAAUGGUAGGCUAGUCUCUGUUAAUGUUCAACCUUUAGUUUCUGUUGUUCAAAAUUAUUGGAGUUCAGAGUUACUAUCUGUUGGCAUGGAUGUUUUGCGCAACCUCGAUGCACUCUUCAAGUUUUCAGUUAAUAAGGCUUUUUCUGAAUUCUGUCAGGUACAGUCUUUAUUGCAUAUCUAUGAGGUCUCAAAAUUUCUUCUCAAGUCUAAAUGUUUUAGCCAUGGACACGGUAACUUGAAAACAUUGGAAACAUUUUACAGAACGCCAAUCGAGUGUUUAUUCCACCUUCUAGUCCCCCUUGACUGGAAGAAAACACUGACAAAAGAAAUGUUUUAUCUAAGGGAAACUGAAGCUUGUCAGAAUAUUAUGAAAGAGGUGAUCUAUGAAAACACUAAACAGAAAGGAAGAUUGACCUAUGGUCAAAUUGGAAGGGUGGUAGUUAUGGUUCUUGGUACAGCUAAUGUAAAAGAUGAACUGUUUGUGCAAAUUCUGAAAAGAUUUGAAGAUGACAAUACACCCUGGAAAGAAUUCAUUCAAGGCGUACAGUUAAAUUCAGCAAAUGAAGUGACUUUUGAGGUUGAUCGCACUCAUAGGCUUUUCAAAGCAUUGGAUUAUACUUAUCGGGUGAAUUGGAUGAAUGAAGUUGACUAUAUGUCUCCCAGCUGCUUUAUGUAUCUUAUUGAGCGGCUGCUGCUGUAUGUAUCACAUUUGAACGGCUACCGGAAAGGUUUCAUUUACGUAACAAAGUCAUCUUUCACUGAAUGGCUAAUUUGCCAGGAUGAAAAUUCUCUUUCAAAGUUGAGCUUUGUGCCUGUUGUACAGUCAGACAUAAAACCUGUCCUUGAUUUCAUUGCAAAACAUCCUGCAUGA